UUUAGGUCAUUGGUUUACUAGUUUAACAAAUCGAGCUCAAUUACACAGAUCUCCUUACUGGACCCUCUUCCCCUCCACUGAAGAUUUCUUGAGCUCAAAACUCGGAACAAUAGUCUCCCCAACUCACACUAUAUAAAGAGGCACACCAUCACGCAUUUGGAGAAAACUGAGAAUGGGGAAGAAGAACAUGCAAUCCCAAUGCCACCCUUUUGCACACCCCAAACGCUUCCUUCCAAGAUUCUUAUUAGUAUUCGUGCUUUCGCUCUUUCCCACAUUAUCUUUCCCUCAAUCCUUCGACUAUGGAGAUGCCCUCCACAAGAGCCUCCUCUACUUUGAGGCACAGCGCUCUGGCCGUCUCCCUUACAACCAGAGAGUCACUUGGCGCCACCACUCCGGCCUCACUGAUGGCCUAGAACAAGGGGUGGACUUGGUGGGAGGAUACUAUGAUGCUGGUGACAAUGUGAAGUUUGGACUGCCAAUGGCUUACACAAUUACACUGCUGUCGUGGGGAGUGUCGGAGUUUGAAGAUCAAAUAGCUGCAGCAGGUGAAUUACAGCAUGCCCUUCAAGCCAUCAAAUGGGGAACUGAUUAUCUUAUCAAAGCACACACUCAUCCCCAUGUUCUCUGGGCUCAGGUGGGCGACGGCGACACAGACCACCUCUGCUGGCAGCGGCCGGAGGACAUGACGACAUCACGCCGUGCUUACAAGUUGGAUGAGGAGAAUCCCGGCUCCGAGGUGGCGGCGGAGACGGCGGCGGCCAUGGCGGCAGCCUCAAUUGUGUUUAGGAGAACAAACCCACAUUACUCGCACCUUCUCUUGGACCAUGCACAACAGUUGUUUGAGUUUGGGGAGAAAUACAGAGGAAAAUACGACGAGAGCAUUGAAGCAGCAAAAGGAUACUACCCGUCGGUGAGUGGGUACUUGGAUGAGUUGUUGUGGGCAGCGUUGUGGGUAUACAAGGCCACCCACAACCACACCUACUUCAAUUAUGCUACGGAGAAUGGGGAGGCGUAUGGUGGAACCACUUGGGCCAUCACCGAAUUCAGCUGGGAUGUCAAGUAUGCUGGCCUCCAGCUCCUUGCUGCUAUGCUGCCAAUGGAAGGCAGAAACAAGGAACAAAAGCAAAUCCUCCAAGAAUACCGCUCAAAGGCAGAGUACUACAUCUGUGCUUGCCUGAACAAGAACAAUUCCACAAAUGUGAAGCGCACCCCAGGUGGGCUCCUGUACACCCGCAGAUGGAAUAACAUGCAAUACGUUUCCAAUGCGGCCUUGUUGCUCACAGCUUACUCGUCUCACCUCCACUCCACCAAUCAGAUGUUGAACUGCCACACCGAUUUAGUGGGGCCCAAUGAGAUCCUCUCAUUUGUCAAAUCCCAGGUGGACUACAUUCUGGGAUCCAAUCCUAUGGGAGUGAGCUACUUGGUCGGGUAUGGACCAUCCUAUCCCCAGAGGGUGCACCACAGGGGAGCAUCCACAGCAUCAUACAGAGACUGCAAAGUCUUUCUUGGGUGCAUGCAGGGUUAUCAUACCUGGUUUGUGCGCCAUGCUCCUAACCCGAAUGUUCUUGUUGGAGCUCUGGUCGGUGGACCUGAUUUGAACGAUGAAUUCAGGGAUGGGAGGGAUAACUUUGCGCAAACCGAGGCUUGCACCUACAACACAGCGCCGCUGGUUGGGGUUUUCGCCAAAUUGCAUGAACUAGAAAAGGAGAGCUUCAGCUCCACUGCUUCUCCUAGUCUGCUGCCACUGGUUUCUUUCGUGUAGAUGUCUGAAAUGUAUAGAGAUUUUGGAGGGAUUUUGGUAUGGCCAGAAAUUCAUUUCAAUUUACUGGCAAAAGAGAAUUUUGGCAAGGGAACAGGAAAAGAGUGUAAGUUAAGAAAAUAAAAGUCAAGUUUUUGAGUCAUUUUUGUAUUUCCUACUAUUUGGAUGGAACUCUAUGUCUAUCUGAAUGAUUUUUUAACAUCGGUCA